UCCCAAUAACCGAGCUGCGGAUAUAAAACAGCACCGUUUUGCCCCAUUCCCCUGUGCGAAACCCUUAUUCUCCCAAAAUCAAAAUCAAAAUCAGAGUGAGUUUUGUGUGUGUGAGAAUGAGUAGGGUUUGCGGUAAGGUGAAGUGGUUCAAUGACCAGAAGGGUUUCGGUUUCAUAACCCCCGACGAUGGCGGCGAAGAACUCUUUGUUCAUCAAUCUUCGAUUCGAUCCGAAGGGUUUCGCAGCCUCGCCGAGGGUGAGUCCGUUGAGUUCGCCAUAGAGUCCGAUCCUGAUGGACGCACGAAGGCCGUUGAUGUCACUGGACCUGAUGGCUCUAACGUUCAGGGGAGUCGCCGUGGUGGAGGCGGUGGCGGAGGUGGUGGAAGGAGUUACGGCGGUGGACGAGGCGGAGGCGGCGGCUAUGGUGGUGGAUAUGGUGGUGGAGGAGGCUAUGGCGGCGGUGGUCGCGGUGGAGGCCGUGGCGGAGGUGGAUAUGGUGGUGGUGGAUACGGAGGAGGAGGCGGUGGUGGCGGCGCUUGCUACAGCUGCGGUGGGAUGGGUCACAUGGCCAGGGAUUGCACCCAGGGAGGCGGCGGCGGUGGUGGCAGGUACGGUGGAGGCGGCGGCGGUGGUGGCGGAAGCUGCUACAACUGUGGGGAUUCUGGUCAUUUUGCAAGGGACUGCCCAACAGGCUCUCGCUGAAAAUAGAACGUAUGAUGUUUUAAUGUGUCUGCUCAUUACUUUUUGCGUUUGACAUAGAGAAUGGGUAGAAGGGUUUUCAAUGAUUUGCGUUUUGUUGGGGGGUGGUUUCUCGAUUUUAAUUUCCGAGUUUUUAUGUUAGGGUUUUAUCUAUUUUGAUGAUGGAUCUGUUAGAUUAUGUGCUUGGCAACUCUGGUUUCUUAAUAUUACAAUCAAAUUAGGUGUUUCGUUUUGUUCGGAUUCGGGAAACGGAGGAGCUCUCUUUAAUUUUUUUGUCAAGUUGUGAAAUCAUUUGCAUGUAUGGCUCUCUGUUUCCGAGCCUGGUUAAGACAUGGUGAACAAGAUUUGAAAUUACUUUUGCUCAUGCUGGAACAUGUGGUUUAGUUUCUAUAA